UAUUAGCGUCAUCGAUGCCGUGCUUUCCAUAACGCCAAUCCUUCCGCUCUAUCCGACUCUCCUUAUCUUCGCGUUUCCUCAAUACAUCGCAUCCUUUCAACUCCCUGCUCUUUCACUUCUACCGAAUCGUCAACCCAAAGAUCCAAACCUCCUCCUUGUGAAUUCUCCCCCAUGGCAAACGGCGAUGAGGAUGUCAGAUAUGAAGAGGAAUCCAUAGACAACCCUCGGGGAGUCAAGCUUUUUACGUGCAGGUGGCUGCCGGAAAACAAAGAUCCGAAAGCCCUCAUCUUCUUGUGCCAUGGCUACGCCAUGGAGUGCAGCAUAUCCAUGAGAGACACUGCAACUCGAUGUGCAAAGGCAGGCUACGCCGUUUACGGAAUAGAUUACGAGGGCCAUGGCAAAUCUUCUGGAUUGCAAGGAUAUGUUCCGAGCUUCCAACAUAUCGUCAACGACUGCUCUGACUUCUUCGUCGGCGUUUGUGAGCGGCCGGAGAACAAGAAGAAAGCGAGGUACCUCCUUGGGGAAUCCAUGGGGGGAGCCACGGCCCUCCUCCUCCACAGGAAGGAACCAUCCUACUGGAAUGGUGCUGUUCUGGUCGCCCCCAUGUGCAAGAUUGCUGAUGAGUUGAAGCCCCACCCGUUCGUGGUCAGCAUUUUGAAGAAGCUGAGUUACAUCAUACCGACGUGGAAAAUUGUUCCGACGCGAGACAUUAUUGAUAUCGCCAUCAAAACUCCAGAGAAGAGAGAGGAGGUUCGAUCUAAUCAGUACUGCUACAAGGGAAAACCGCGCUUGAAGACCGCUCAUGAGCUUCUCAUGGCUAGCUUGGACAUUGAGCAAAACCUGCACCAGGUGUCGCUGCCGUUCUUGGUGGUGCAUGGGGGAGACGACAUUGUGACGGAUCCCUCGGUCAGCAAACUGCUCUACGAGACAGCGUCAAGCGAGGACAAGACGUUCAAGCUUUACCCUGGCAUGUGGCACGCGCUCACGUCCGGCGAGCCCCCGGAGAGCAUCGAUCUCGUCUUCUCCGACAUCAUCGCUUGGCUCGACCAGAGGACGACCACCCAAGACCCCGCAUCUGAGAUGGAGCUGAAAGCCAAGCACGACGAGGAUGCACACUCCAAGACAUCGCAAAUCGACGGCUAAGAACUCAGCUACCUUAUCCUAUUCAUCAGGAUUGCCGCUAUUGGCUCCUCUACGGAAAAUAAACAAGCUGACUUUUAUGUAGACUUGCAUUCCCCAAAAGAAAUAUAAAUAACUUUUAUAUGGCGUCAAA